AAAAAAUAUCUUAUUACGUCACCGUCACACGUUCAGCAUCAGCCUCCGAUACAUCUCUGUAGAAAGGUGUGGAUUUGCUGUGCUGACAAUGGGAGCCAUCAUUUCACGGUGGAAGACUAAAGCUUCCACGGUGGAACUUCUAGAGGGACUGGAUAAGGACAUUAAGGACCUUGAGGAGUUUCGUGCAAAGAACCAGCGUUUGCUGAAAUUGUGGGUGGGCCGACUUCUCUUCUACUCAUCUGCUCUGUACCUGAUCACGUGUGUGUGUGUGUAUUAUCUGUACUCUCCUGAGCAGUGGAGCGCUCGCCUCAUCACUGCCCUACCUCUGAUGGCCUUUCCUGCACUAGUGUUUCUACUACGAAAACUGCUCAUCUUCCUUUUCUCCAAACGUACAGAGAGAAACAAUGAAAAAUUAGAUGAUUUAAAAGCACAGAAACUGAAAAUACUUGAGGAGGUGAUGGAAACGGAGACCUACAAAAAUGCUAAGCUCAUAUUGGAAAGAUUUGAUCCAGAAUCUAAAAAGAAAGCAGAAGCAGAAGCCACUCCAGUCAGACCUCACAUGACUCCUAGACCAGGACAAGAGCUUCGUCAGCGGCAUGUGCUGUUCCCAGGAGACACACCCCUUCACAUGGCCCCAGGAGCUACACCCCUUCACAUGGCCCCAGGAGCUACACCCCUUCACAUGGCCCCCGGAGGGCCUCCAGAGAAAGGGCUAGCCAGGUCUGUAGCCAGCCCAACAGGAGCAAGCCAAGCAGAAACACCACAACAAAUGAUGAGAAGCAUGAAUCCUUAUUCACCAGGACCUGGAUCAGGUAUGCGUCCUCCUGGUCCACCUCUUGCUCGACCCAUCCUUCCACGAGAGCGCAGCACUGUGGACAGAGUCAUUGAGUAUUUGGUGGGAGAUGGACCUCAGAACAGAUAUGCAUUGAUUUGCCAGCAGUGUUUUUCUCACAAUGGCAUGGCACUGAAGGAGGAAUUUGAGUAUGUAGCAUUCCGUUGUGCUUAUUGCUACUUCAUGAACCCGGCAAGAAAGACACGCCCCCAAGCCCCCAGACUCCCAGAAUUCAGUUUUGAGCGCAGACUUCUCUCUGAAUCUCCUGAAACACAGUCUUCUGCUGCCACAGAGACACCAGAGGACAGUGACGCCCCUGAAGACAGUAUUGUCUCAACUCUUGCCACUCGUGUUUCACACUCUGGCACCCCUUGGAGUACAGUUCAUAGUUUCAAGAAAUUUCCCUCAGAUGACACAGAAAGAACUACACCUGCUGAGCUUCAGGACCCUACCGCUGAAGAUCCACCUGCUGCAAAUGAACCAGAGGAAGAAGAGGCACAGUCUCAACAGAGCCCGCCCCCCUCAGAGGAUGUCCCACAGGAAGAGGCUGGAGCUCAGGGGUAACAGCAGAAAGAGGAUGAAUCUAUAUAAACUGUGUUUAAAUGCAGUUUAAACAUGAAUGAUCAAUGCUGUUCGCUACAGCUUUUGGUUUUUGGGAUGUUUGGUUUUAACUUCUCCCUAAAGCGUGUUCAUUUAGUACUUCUUAGUAAUUCUGGAGGCUGUUAAGAGUUUUUACUGCUUAUUUAUUUAUAUAUGCACCACAGUGUUUACAUAUAGUGGGCUAAAUAUCAUAUCACAUUACAGUUUGUAACGCUAAUAGUGUGGUGCGCCCCAUAAUGGUGUUGUCACCCAGUACAAUACCUGUGCAUGGUUUGAUUAUGAGGGUGAUUUUACAAAACAGACUGCAAUUGCUUAAAUCAGAAUAGUAUCAUUUUACAGUGUUAGCAUUCAGUUGCUUAGUAGAUAAGGACGGGAUGCAUUUUACAGGUUUUAUCUAUCUUUGUGUUUACAGAAUUAUUUGAAACUGCAAGCUGAACAAAAACGCACUCUUACAAAAGCAUAGUCCUUUUAGGGGAGCGAUACUUGGUGUGUUUUUGUGUUUUUCUUUGUUUGUUUUUUUUGCCAAAUGCACUAUUUUUUAGUUUUAAAUAUUUAUUAUUUUGUUUUGAAUAGGUUUAGUUGCUUGUGUUUUUUCUGGCCAACAGUUUGUUUACGUAAUUGUGUAUAAUUCAACUGUCUUGUGCCUUUCUGGUUAUGAACAUGUCUAGGUUUUAACAGCACAGUUUACAGAAUUGCUAAAUUUGUCAAAAUAAUAUAUAGGACGUUUUCUGCAUUGCUGUUUAAGCUUUACAAGUCAACUGAUGCCAGAGGUGACACUGGUAUUUAUUCAUGAAUUUGGUGAUAAUGAUAAUUUUGUAGUGAAUUGUGUUAGUUAUUUACUUUCCAUGUUCAUUGUGAAUUGACUCUUAUCUCAAUAAGCAACACAAAAUUCAUGUGCUUUGGAACUGGAGGUGUCCACUUGUUCUUGUUUGUCAGUUCUUGUGAGUUGUUGUGCACUGUUGCAUUUACACACUGGAUUGUGUGCAUGGUAAAUCCAAUAAAAAAUAUUUUUCUAAAGAAUGGUUCAACAUUAUCAUGAAAA